UUCAAUCAUCCUCUCCCUCUCUCACCCACUCACCCACCAACCCUAAACCUCUUCCACCCAAAUGGCUGCCACCUUAUCCCUAACACCGCCGUCUUCCCUCCCUCUCCGUCGCCGCUCCACCCGCCCCCUCCUCCGCCGCACCUCCACCACCAUCCGAUCUCUCUCCUCCCCCUCCCCUUCCCCUCCCGCCACCACCCUCUCCCAAGACGAUCUCAAGAAGAUUGCCGCCGUCAAGGCCGUCGAGUAUGUGCGCAGCGGGAUGGUCCUCGGUCUCGGCACUGGAUCCACUGCCGCGUUCGUUGUUGCUGAGCUUGGCGCCCUUCUCUCCUCUGGCAAGCUUGAGAAGAUUGUUGGAGUCCCCACCUCCAAGCGCACCUUUGAGCAGGCCCAGUCCCUUGGCAUUCCUCUCUCCACUCUUGAUGAUCACCCCUAUAUUGAUCUCGCCAUCGAUGGCGCUGAUGAGGUUGAUCCGUUCCUUAACCUCGUAAAAGGACGUGGAGGGGCUCUUCUCCGGGAGAAAAUGGUUGAAGCUGCAUCAGAUAAGUUUGUGGUUGUUGCUGAUGAGACAAAGCUAGUGACUGGUUUAGGUGGUAGUGGUUUGGCGAUGCCGGUGGAAGUCGUGCAAUUCUGUUGGAAGUAUAACUUGAUAAGAUUGCAAGAUCUAUUUAAAGAAGAAGGAUGUGAUGCGAAGCUCAGGUUGGAUGAAGGAGGGAAACCUUAUGUUACUGACAACUCAAAUUAUAUUGUGGACUUGUACUUCAAGAGCCCAAUCAAGGAUGCAGCAGCUGCUGGGAAAGAAAUUUCAGCAUUUGAAGGGGUUGUAGAGCAUGGGUUGUUUUUGGACAUGGCAACCUCUGUUAUAAUCGCAGGGAAGAAUGGAGUGGAUGUGAAAGAUAAGUGACGUUCGUUGGAAAAAAUAGGUGAGCACUCCAACACCCAUCAUCUAUUUAUUUUUUGUUUUUUGUUUAACUUUGUAAUUUAUCAUAUAACUGUAAGAAGCAAGGUUACAUGUUCAAUAUGUUGUAUUUCCCCACUGGUUGAAUUGCCUUCCCUAAUUGAGUUGAAAAAUAAGAGGGAUUCUUCUAUUUGAACUCUAUUUCUCACCAUUCAAUCUCAGAACUAUAAAUUGAGUCUAUAAUUCUGUCUUU